AUGGCGUCCGCUCUCAAUUUUCAGCGAACAAGCGCGCACGCGCGCGCUCUACAGCACCCACCUCCUACCAACCACCGCCUCCUACCAACCACCGCCUCCUACCAACCACCGCCUCCUUCAUUCACCACCGGAUUCUCCCCGUCCACCACCACCGAAUUCUCCCCAUUCUCCACCACCGGAUUCUCCCUGCUCAAGUCGAUUCUGCAGGCCUCCCACAUCCGCCAUGCAUGCACGCCAUCACCCGAUCACUUAGGUUAG